AGCUCAAAUGGGGAGGCCUUCAGAGGUCACCCCUUUGACAAUGCACUCUUUUUGCAUCGUACACAGUCCAUAUUGAACAGGAGCAGCCAGGAAUGACGCUGAAGGCGUUUGCUCGGGUUCUCCUCGUGGUGGCAUCAUCAUCGCCCGUGGCAGCCAUCUCGCUGCAACGGUCAGGGCCAGCGCUGUCUCCCGCCCACGGCGUCGGGGAAAGUGACACCAAGAGAAACGACACGGGGCCGCUGCCGUCUCCCGCCCAGACUUUCCAUCUUAUUCACGACGAUCUGACCGUCAUGGACACUCUUGGUGAGUUUGCCAAGCAGUAUGCUAAUAUCACUAAUGGUGGGCCUCCUGGGCGCAUCCCUGGCAAAAGCAACGAGUUGGCCACUCGCGAAGUCGCUACAUCACAAGACACCCUUAUCGACGCCGCAGGCCAGGUAUCUUUUCACAGGAACGAUGGGAGACGCAUCUAUGUGAUGGACAAAGCGCACGACACGCUGAUCGACACUGCGAAGGACAUCGCAAUGGCGCCUGUUGAUGUUCUGAUACUUGGAAUGCCCGUUCUCGCUGCGAAGGCAAGGAUCGCAAGCGAUGCGUUCUCCCAGGCAAUGAAGGAGUCCAUGGAAAUGCUGAGCGAGGGCGAUCUCUCUGGCGCUCUGAAGGCGGCAUCGAUCGCCAUCGCGCGGUACCAGAAGACGAGCGAGGCUCUGGAUCAAGGGACGUCCGUGGCUGCCUCGAGGUCCGUCGGAGUCCUGAUGGUAUUCUUUCUGGUGGCCAGCAUGUGGGGCGUUGAGCAGUUCAUGGAGAGGCAGGAGAAGUGCCCCGAGCAGACCGUCUGCGACCGAGACCCCGGGAAUUCCCUGCCACAGGGCAAGCCCUUCUUCAAUGCCCUGAGCUUCACACGCUACCUGUUCUGCAUGAUGGGGGUCGCCGACAGCUUCUACAAUCCAGGGCGGCAAAAGUCCUCGGAGGCCGGGGUGUACACCAUCGUCGCGAGGUGGGGCUGCCUGGCGUGGCCGUGGUUCUUUUUGGUCAGUGGUUUCAGCAACUCGUUCUCGAAGAUGGUUGGGCGGACGCCCGACGCUCAAGAGGAUUGGUUCCCCGCCAUGAUCAAGCGCGUCGCUACGUGGUACCCGUUCUACGCGAUCACCCUCGCUGUGUGUGCGGCCCAGGCGUGGACGAUCACCGCGGAGGAUUGGUCCGAAUACCUGGCCCACACCAUGCUGGUCAGCGGUGUCAUUUGGAACGAGCAGUCCUUCCCUAGGUCGAUGGUUGGCCAGUGGCUGUCCUACUUGACGGUCUACAUGAUGGUCUGGUCUCCAAUGUACCAGGUCUUUUACUCCAGCACGAACUCAGUCAUAUGGACUUUGUUCACGAUGUCCUGCCUGAUCGCUGUGGGUUCUGGCGGGCACGUACCCCGCCGCGUUGGACCACGGCAUCGUGGCCUUGGCCACGUGGCUCGUGCGCAAUUGCUACGAGCAGAGGGCGCCUGGACAGCCGUGGGCCAGCGCUGAUGCCGCCCAAGAAGCCAGAGAAGUGCAUUCAUACCAAGACGUCUGACGUCGACGCCGACGCCGUGGCCGACGUCUGAGGGGGAGGGAAUCAGGUCCUCUGGAGCAGCUGGAUCGACGACUGGCCUCAGCUCGGCAUCGACGGGGGAGGC